CUUUACCUCCCCGAGAAAAAUUAUAGGUUGUUAACGCCAAUUAAAUCAAUACGAAUAAUUCAAUCACGGCUUCUUAUUUUAUUUUAAAUCAAAUCAUUCUAUUUUUCUUCUGUAAAUUAGUUAAUCUUAGUCAUUAUCGAAAUCGUGUUCCUUUUGCUAGAUUCUUAGCUCUCUGUUUGGCAGCUUAGAAAAUGCAUCGGCAUUUCCAAUUUUUAGAGUUCUGAGUCAAAAUCUGAAAACCUAUAAAAUUUCGAUAUUUUCCUUUGCCUUUAUAGGGGUAACUAGAUUGUAUAGUGUUUGUCUAUUUUCACUGUCUCUCUUUCCCCGUCAUUUUUAUUUGAGCUUUUGGUUUUCGUUCAAUUAUCGUUUGGUGUCUGCCAAUUUGUGAAUUGUGAUCAAUUAGGGUCUUGCGACCUCUGUUUUGUUGGAUUUAUAUAUAUCUAGAGAGAGGGUUAUCGAUGAUAGGGGAAGUGCAGCUGGAGCCAGUGGGUACAGGGAAUCCGAGCGACUCUGAUCCUCUGCUCGUAAACAAGGCUGAUUCAUCAUCGCUGCUACCAGGAAGUUCGACUGAGAUUAACAUUGAAGAUGAUAUCGAGAAUGAUUCUAUUCCUUGUUGCCGCAUUUGUCUCGAGAGCGAUUGCGAGCUAGGUGACAAACAAGUUCUUUUUUUCUUCCUCGGUGAUGAAUUAAUAUCUCCAUGCAUGUGCAAAGGCACCCAGCAGUUUGUCCAUCGUUCAUGCCUUGAUCAUUGGCGCUCAGUAAAGGAAGGAUUUGCUUUCUCUCACUGCACGACAUGCAAGGCCCAAUUUCAUCUUCGAGUUGCAUUAUUUGAGGACAACUCAUGGCGUAAAGUUAAAUUCAGACUUUUUGUUACAAGAGAUGUUGUCAUUGUAUUUCUGGCUGUGCAAACUAUGAUUGCUGCAAUGGGUGGCUUUGCAUACCUUAUGGAUAAAGAUGGCGCCUUUCGGAAUUCAUUCAGUGACGGUUGGGAUCGAAUCCUGUCAAAACAUCCUAUACCAUUUUAUUAUUGUAUAGGUGUACUAGCAUUCUUUGUGCUGCUUGGGUUUUUUGGCCUCAUACUACAUUGCUCCUCCCUCAAUAGUAAUGAUCCACGAAUGGCUGGCUGCCAGAACUGCUGUUAUGGAUGGGGAAUUCUCGACUGCUUUCCUGCUUCUAUGGAGGCAUGCUUUGCCUUGGUUUUGGUUUUUGUUGUUAUCUUUGCUAUUCUAGGCAUAGCUUAUGGUUUCCUUGCUGCCACCAUGGCCAUUCAGAAGAUCUGGCAGAGACAUUACCACAUUCUUACUAAGAGGGAGCUGACAAAGACCUUUGUGCAGUGCUACCAACAUCUGACUGAUCCAAAAGAAAACACGCACCCACACACAAAUAUUUCAAGAAUACAUAGUAGAUGAUCUUCAUGGCUGUUAUACACCACCAAAGUUGGAUUCAGAACAUGAAGAACGUCUGAAAAUGCUUAAGCUUUUAUAAUAAUGGGAGGGUUAGUGAAGCUGUAAGACACUCCGAAGUGUCUCUAAGUAAUCAGGAUUUUGAAAAGCUUCAUAUUGUUACUUACCGAGAUAAAGAUGCUGCAUUUUCAAUUUGUUUGCCAAGUUUGUCUGAUAUAACAAGGACGAAAGAAAGUGUAUUCUCAUUUUCUAUGAA